AUGGGAAGACUCACCUACAAAGACCUGGUCAAAGACAGCCAAACCGAGGAUUCUGAUCGUGCCAGUGGAACUGAAUGGGACGUGCCUGAAGACAGAUGGCGUGAGGAAGCGGCAUCCGAGUUCAUCCGAGAGGAAGGACUACAAGAAGACGAGGACCUAGAUGAGGAAGCACGUCGCAUCGCGCAGAAGGUGCAGCCUCUUCGCCGCGGUGAUGCAGCCUCUCGUUCCCCUCCGCCUGAUACUGGUGGCACUCCGACUCCGGUGGAGGACGCACGGCGUGGUGAAGUUGAGCCUUCGACCACUCGUUGGACGCAAACCUCACCGACUGCAGAAGGCUCAGAGGCCAAGCCAGAAAAGGCCCUGGUCACUGCACAAGAGGAAGUUCGUGUCAUGAAGCUGGUCGUGGCGAACUCCAAGAAAGAGAUUGCAUAUUACAACAAGGUGCUCAUGGAGAAGAAUGCUGAACAUCAGCAGGAACUUCAGGAGCUGCACGAGUCUUUAGAACACGAGAGGCGUCGCUGCACCGAGGACAUGAAACACUGGAAGGCCCAUGUGAAGAAGGAGCUGGGGAAGGACCCCAUUUUGGCGGUGGCGCUCACCAUGUGGGAGCGCGAGGUGACCAGUUUGAGGACCUCCCACGCUUUCAAGGAGUGGAAGCGAAAGACGAACCAAAUCCUCAAAGCUAGAGGAAUGUCAGGAAAGAUGGCGCUUCUGGUGGCGGUCCACUGGGUUCUGAGGGAUUGGCGUGUGGCGGUGAUGGAGUUCCAGGCCGAGCGGAUGAAGGAGAAGCUUCAUCUCAGAUGGUUCAGCUCCUUAGAGCAGGCCUCCCAUGCUUGGGGUCGCGAAACAGACCGUGGGCUUAAGCAUUGGGUCUUCGUUGGGUGGACCUGGCAGAAGAAGUUUUCCGUGUGGGAAAGGCGAACGAAUGAGAAGGUGCAGUUCACACUGCGGAGAUGGUUCUAUGCCUUGGACACUGCAUUGCGGUACUACGCAUUCUUGGCAUGGUAUGAGGCAUUGAUGGAGGCGAAGUUGCAAAGCUUCCAGAUGCAGGUGGCUGGAAAGAAGAGCGCCUUCUUGAAGGCCAUCCUGGCUUUACAGCCCUCGAUGACUUCCCUGACCAGCCGCGCCAUUUUCUAUGCCUGGCGAUGGAUGAUCGGAGACACCCAGGUCACCGCUUUCUCCAAUGCGCUGCGGCAAACGCGGCGCCGGUCCAACCAGCUGGAGACAGCGGUGAUAUUUUUGGCCUCUGAAAACCAUUCCGUGAUGAAGCUUUUCGUCUUCAAACAUUGGCUGAGCCUUAUGGAAGGUGAAAAAGCCAAGACCAUCGAGAACCAGUUGAAAAAGACGGGCGCCUCACUGCAGAUGCUGAAAGCCCUGACGCACUACGCGCACGACGGGUCUCCCAACAUUUUGCUGCAAUCAAUUCUUUUGGCUUGGCGUCGGCUCUGCAGUGAUGGUAAGCUGGAACCUGAGCUGUUGGUGCCCAACUCACGUUACACCAUGGCCUCCUGCAUCUCUGCUUGGGAUUUUGCUCUGACGAGUGUGGCGAUACUGGGCUGGCACAACGUGGCACGGCGCUCCUACUUCCAAAAGACAUGGACCAAGUUCUUCCGCCCCGAGGACGAUUUGCGGCCGUUGGUGACCGCCUGGAAGAAACAAGUGCAACGAAGCCAUGAGGUGGAGCAGAAGAGCGUCAAGGUGGACAAGAAGGAGACUGACAUCUCCCACUUCAUUGCUUUGCUGUGCUUUGUCUACUGGCGAUUGAAGUUGAAGCCAAGCCGAGCCGUGGUGAGCUACGUUCCGAAGUUGGCGCGGCUUCAGGCCGUGGCAGUUCAGAAGUUGGCAGAGACCCAGGUGGAAUCGGUUUGCCUGCUCAUUUUCCAUGCCUGGCGCAUGUCGCCCCUUCUCGCGGAGACCAGCCACGAGGAGGGUGAUGAGGCCCCCAAAGCCCAUGCCACCGUGCGACAGAUGGCCGAAUCCAAAAAGAAGGAGUUGGAGGAUGAAAAGUCCAAGGUGGCAGCCUUGGAGAAAGACCUCAAGGACUUGCAGGAUCAGAAUGCCGCUGCCAAUGCGAAGGUGGAAAAACUGGAAGCAGAGGCCGUGUCGUGGGGGGGGUUGGAAGCUUUGGAACUAGGCCAACAAAAAGUCCUGUUGCUGCAUUGUCCAAUGAUCAGCGACCAGCUGGGAGGCCAGGAUGGGGUCCUGGACAAUUCUCCAUGUGCAGAUCGCUCCGCCCCUUCCGCGGAGCUGCGCGCAGCUGCACUGGGCAUGUUGGACCACGUGGCGCGACCGCGCUGGACGGAGGCGCUGACCAGCAACGUGCGAAGGCAGUUGGAGGAAGGUCAGAGCCAUUGCGGACUUACACGUUUCUUAGCCCAGCUGAUCCUCCUCAUCAAUGACGCCCUCAACGUCGAACCCUCCGACGAAACACUCACUGCAGUCUCGCUGGAUGAUUGGAUCGAGCAGCGAGUGGAACGGCCCCUGCCCAGCUUCUUUCGCUUGGCCUCCAGCUUCAUCCCGGAGGUCUUGCAAGAAGUGAACCUGGCGAUUGAGCGCUGGGUUCGCUCCAGGGACAUUCAGGUUGAGAGAUAUGAGUCCUGUCAUGACGUCCCCGACCUGGGGAAUGAUGCCAUGGCCGUGAAUGAUGACGAAAAGUCCAGUGGGAUCACCUUUUGGUCCAAGUCCCUCUUGUUGGCGCACGAGAUCGUGCGUGCGGGAGCCUUCGAAUGGACCAACUCUGCGCGCGUAGCCUUUUCCGCGGGUUUGAUUGGCCCGGCCAAGCGAGCGCAGUGCCCUUCAGGGGUGAUGGCAAUGAAGCUGAUACGCUGCAUUGGACAUGAUGAGGAGCAGAAGCAGGAGGAGGUUUAUUCUUUGGACCAAGAGGCCCAAGAGCUCCUUUUGUGGGGCCAAGCCAACUUGUCCAAGCUGCUGUACAACGCUUGGCCACUUUGGAGUUUGCUUUCCCUACUGAGCGCGCAACGUCAUCACAGCUUUGUACUGACACCUGCUGAGCCCGAGCCCCGCCUGGACGAAGCUCUUUUGCUCCAGGCCUUGGACUCCGGGGAACGACCCUUUGGAGUGGUCUUUGUGAGCAACGUCGGAGCGGAGCUCGCCAGUGACGACCUGGCCGCAUGGCUCGCGAGAUUGAGACGUGCCUUGCUGUCCAAGGGAACCGUUGAGCAUCAAGUGCUGCUGGUCGUGCCGAAGUCUAUCAAGUCCUGUACAAAGUUUGCAUGGUUUGGUGCUUCGGGGCCACAAUUGCACUGCAUUUGGUCUCAAGAGGGUGCCUCGCGCGAGUUGGAUGCGCAAGGUUUGCUCUUGUUCAUCUUGAGCCGAGGAGUGCCAGCAGCCCUGCUGAGCACCGCCACGCUGCCCUUCCCCGGGCUCGGGGAUGAAGUUGCAAAGCUCUUAGUCAGCCCAGAGACCCAGCACUAUGCCAUGUUCAUUACUGACACACAGGUGUCCGUGGGCGCGGGCGAGUCCCAUGCGCAGCGCCUCCGGGUCCAUCCGCCCUUUGCGGACAUCGGCCUGCGGCUCUUCCAAGCGUCGCCCGCGUGCCUGACGCUGGUGAGGAGCUCGGUGCGCGUGGCCUACGAGAACCCCUUCUUGUCCGCGGAGGAGGUCCUGAAUCGCUUCAACCUGACGAUGGAGAUGGAUUUCAUGCUGAAUGCCUCACAUGGCUUUGUGUCCUCGGAAGGCUGGUUUGCAGAGGAUUUGGUCAGCCGGCACCAGAACCAGGGCAACUCCACAGAUGCACACCUUUCAGGUGGCAUUCUACUGUUUACUAUGCGCCCCUUCAACAUGAUGCCCAAGUGGUUCCGCGGCACCGCCUGCCACUCGGUGUGCGGCUGGCUCUUGCAGUGUGCUCCGGAGGCACUGGGCAGUGCCUGCGCACUGCUGGGCAGCGAUCGGCUGCUCCUCCGUACUUUGCAGAAGAGCUUUGCCCUUCAGAGUCCGUUGGCACGCUCUGCAAGACCCAGAAUCUUGCAGGCAGGGCCUUCAGGAUGUGGCACCACCUCCAUUGCCCACUUCUAUGCGAAGCAUGGGCUGCGAGUGGCCAAGAACUAUGUGGAGGGAGCAGAGAUCAGGGAUCAUGUGAGGAAAGACCUGAAAGAAGGACUGGCACCCUUUCGGAGCUUGGACCGUUUCGACGCCGUUGUGGAUGCCUUUGACGUGGUCCGGGUGGGCGUCCACUUUUGCUCCGACCAUUUGGGUCACGGUGGCAUGACCUGCAGCCACGUGCAUGGAGACGCUUUGGAUGAGAACCUGCAAGAAUAUCGGCAAAUCCUGCAGAGCUUGCACGAAGCUUAUCCAAACCUCAAGUUCAUCCACAAUAGCUGCAACUUGCAACGCUGGCUUCCCAAGAGGGUGCACAACUGCUGGCCACACUUGGUUUCUAUGGGUGAAGAUUGGCAGGCCUUUCUUGAACUGUGGAACUCUUGCUGUGCCGCCGCCUUUGGCUACGGUGGCAAUGCCUCCUGCUUUCGGAAACAGGAGCUGCAGCGGUUGCGCAUCCCUCAGCGGCUGGUGAUCGAGGACUUUGCCUAUCCCACUUGCUGUGAAGGCUUGCCUUUUUACCAGGAGGCCUGGCACGGCGUCCAUCAAUUGCUCCCCGACGUCAUCGCUCCGAACCGCUUGGUGAACUUCCACAUCGUCCACGACGAUCCGAAGACACUCAGUGCGGCCAUGGGCUUGCAGGACCACUUCAAACCUUGGGCCUGGAGACAGAUCCAUAAGAGCCAGCGGAGCGCAAGCAGAGCCAGAAAAAGCCGGGACAAGACGAUCGGUGCAGAUCCGUCGGACUCAUCCAAACCCCUUUGUGCCAGCCGAAAGCGUGUGAGAAAGUAA